AUUCGCCCGUUGUCAACUGCACAAAGCAUUAUGCACUACUCAUAGCCUGUGUUACAGCGUACUAUUACAGAAUGAUGUUGACCUUUUGAUGCAAAAUCUCGAAUGCAUGCGGCGUUGUAAACUUCUUUGCUAGAAGAAAGCCAAGCCCUUGCGCCAUUAUGUCCUCCUGCCUCGCCGCCUGCCGGUCCAGCACGGCGAAAUUUUCCCACGGUUUCCACCAAAAACUGUGCACCCAAGCCGUUCUCCGGCCCUGUUUGACCCUCUCGGUUAUCAUCUUCACGGUUAUUUUCCUGACCACGCUCGCCUUCCUCACGAAAGCCGACUUUCCCGAUGAGGAUCAGCGAUCGAAAGACUCCGUGGACAUGUGGCGGGUCCGGGACAACGAAAUUAUGCGCACCGAAGACGCGUAUUACUCCGCCCUGGGCCACCGAGCGCGGUGGGUUGAGGCAGAAUCGCGGUUCGAAACGGAACAGGAAUACAUUGACUGGAGGGACAGCAAAAUCCGGUACCCGUCUUAUCCAUUGUAGAAACAACGUCGAUCCCCACUCCAAUCUUGUCAUGCCAAACUCGCAGACGCUUCUAUCUUUGGUUGCAUAGAAGCAGCGCUUACAUCUUCUCGACUCUGGGGCGGGGAGAACGACGUGGGUUUUUCCACAGGAUUCCAUUCGGCACGACGUGAAAGAACUACUCUUCGGCCCAGCGCCCGUGCAGUCCUCGGAGCUCGGCGGCCGGACGCAGAUUUACUAUCGGUCGGUGGAUCGUAGCCGCAAGAUCUUUACGCCGCAAAAUUUGAAGGCGAUGUGCCUACUGGAACUAUGAAAUGCAAAAAUGUCUCUGGGUCUGGAAGAAUCCGAAAUUUGUUAUGCUGUUUUUGCAUGACACAGAAUGUCUGUCAUGGAAGCCCUAGCAUCACAGCUUUUUAGAGGCCCUCCUGGUGCCUAUUCCGCAUGACAAAUGCCCUCCACGCGUAGCACAAACCGGACUCCUCUUGCUGGUCAUGCAAUACAGAAUUUUUUAGAGUGCAAAGUUAGCAUCACAAGUUCCAACCUUCCAGACCCAGACAUUUUUGCAAUCGAUAGGAACGGGUGUGGCACGAGAUUGGGAAACUGGGGGACAAAAUAUGCAGCGCAAGUAUAAUGUCUGGGUCGGGAAAAAAUAUUAAAGUGGAGCUUGUAUUGCAUGUGUUGCAUUUUUAAAAGAUCUGUAUUGCACAGCCUGCAAAUAAGGCUCCGCUUUUGCGGCAUACAAAGACGCAGUUUGUCAUGCGUGCUACGCAUCAGACUGCGUCAGGUAAACUUGUAAUGCUUGGCUGCUGCACUUGAGAGCGCCAGGCUUAUUCAUACUUUAGCAUCACAAGUUUCGUGCAGGCCCAGACAUAUGUGCAUUUGAUACAAAAGUAAAUUCUACCAGUCCGGCGCACGGAUCUCUCGCAUGGUGCAAAUCUACGCCGGGAAUCUCUUAAAUCGGCCGUUUACGUUUCCGAUAACCGAUUGCGACGUGACCGCGACCAUGUCGCAACAGCAGGUGGACACGAUUGUCAACAACGAAAUCUACGCGAAGUACAAUAGCGGCGACUACGGGUACGGGUUUUUUCUCGACCGGGAUUUUCCAACGAACGGCUACGCCGUGGCGACGCGGUCGGGUUUCUCGGGGUUGGACGGGGAAGACGAAAUUGGCGGCGAGGGCUUGGACAAGCUGCAAGAAUUUCUCGGGGUGGAAGACACCUUUUUCAAUCCGAGAUUUCUGUACGAGAAAUGGUAUAUUCUGCCGAACAGCCACGGGCAGGUCGAGGUGCGCAUCAUGGACCCACUCAUGAAAGACGCGGCGGGGCAGGAGCUCGCGCUGGGUCGGGAUUUGACGCUCGGACUGCCCCUGACUUUCAUCGCGGUGUGGGUCGUGGUGUACGUGCACACCGGCUCGCUUUUCUCCGCUUGUCUCGUGCUUCUUUUUGUCCUGUUCGCGAUGAUGGGUGGCUUUAUCGGGUACUAUCUACUCGCCCGACUGGCUUACUUUGACUCCUUUCUGCAGCUGACGCUGUUCGUGAUGCUGGCGGUCGGGGCGGACAACUUUUUUGUGAUGUGGGAGGCGGUCAAGAUUGAAAAAGAGAAAGCGAACGUCGAUGGGGAAAAGGAAAUGAAAAAGGAGCAUGAUCUACUUCUUCAAGACCACAACUCCUCCCUUAUGAUCCAAAAGUCGGCGACAGUAUUGAACAAGAAGUCCUCGUCUGCUUCAUCUUCACCUCAGCACCAGCCACUUCCGAAGGCCAUUUUGAACACGAAGAGCAGACGAAAAGUUUCGCUCUACCUGGCGCUACUUCGGGCGUCAAAGCGGGCGUCGGCGUCGAUGUUUGAGACCAGUUUCACCACCGCCAUGGCGUUUUUUUCCAUGGUGAUGUCCAAAGUCUCCCCCGUAGCGCACUUCGGGUUUUUCGCGGGCUUUAUGAUUGUGUCCGGCUACGUGCUAGCCGUCAUCGCCUUUCCGCAGGUCAUCGGCCUGUUCUACCUCCGUUUCGAAAAGGGCGGCCGCAGUUUUCCGGAGGUAGAGAACUCUGGUUCCGCGCCGGAGCAGGAGCAGAACCAAAACAAAUUCGGCGCUUCUACUACCGCUGCAGUUUCCGCCUGGGAGGAAGGGGACAAAGACGAGGACAGGAGCCUUGUUGAGACGAGAAAGCCAGACGCAACACUAGCAGACGCCAGUACAAUAUCGUACGAAAAAAGUGUUUCACUGUAAGGAUUUUGCAAGUUUUGCAUCACAAGUUUGUUCUGCAUGACAGAGAAAAUUUGCCAUGCGAGAUUUCCAAGGGAAAACACCGCUAAAAAUCCAUUGUCUUGCAUGUGUAGCAAGACAAACACUUCUGAGAUACAUCUUCUGCAUUAAAACAGUUUUUCCUUGCGAUAUACAACGAAGCCAGACCAUGUGGAGGUGGAAGAAACCGUGACCAAGAAUCCCGCGCACGAAGUAGCUGUUAUGUAUUGCAAAUGUGUCUGGGUCUGGAAAGUCGUGAAGCCUGUAUUGCUUGUCUUGGAUUUUUCCUGUAAGAUCUGUAUAAUGCAUCAUGAUCAACAAUCAAAAGGAGCCCUCUUAUUUUGUCAUGCACAAGCGCAGGAGUUUCUAAUGCGCUCCACAACUACGCAGGAGGGGAUGUCCGAAAAAUUUGUCAUGCUUGGAUGCAGCUUAGGCAAUCUUGGCCACCCAGCUUCCCAAGUUUCCAGACAACAUCCAGGGAUAUUUGCAUUCGAUAGCUGUAGACGGAGAGGGAGAACACAAAGAACAAGCGGAGGAUCAAGAACAUCAUCCUGUUGGUAAAACGGUCCCUUCUCGUUUGUACACUUCGAUGACAAGUGUGCUGCAGCCGGACACAGUGCAGAAUUCGUUGCACAAGUUUUACAAAUUUUUGACCAAGUACGAGAGGGAACUGAGGUUUUGCGCGAGCAAAGGGCAACCUGGUAGUUUUACAACUUCUACAACCGCCGUCAGUCCGAGGACCACUCCUUCGGCCUGUUUAUCAACUGCAAAAAUUUCUGGGUCUGGAAAGUUGGAACUUGUAAUUCUGGCUUUACAUUCCUGGGAAAUCUGUAUUGCAUAACCGACAAAAGCCGCAGCCAUUGUUGUCAUGCAAAAACGCAGUUCCUCAUGACAUGCGGGCUGCCUAUGAGAAAGUGCUCCGGAAAGUUGUCAUGCUCGUCUGCAUUUGGAAGUGUUUCCAUCAUGCACAUUUUAGCAUCACAAGUUUCCAGACCCAGACAUAUGUGCAUUUGAUACUGUUGCGCACAAUACAAGUUCUACCCGAUCGCCCUAGCGAUCGUCGUGGCAACAACGGCGUACUCCGUGUGGCUGCUGACGCUCAUGCUGGACCUGCAGUCGCCGUCCAAGCCCUUUGAGUUUAUGCCCGAGACGCACAUGAUGGUGGGUUUUCGGAAGGACGGCUAGUAUGACACUGCACAACGCGACGUCGCCUUUCCCCUCGUUUGCACCGCAAAGCAUGAGCAGCAAUACAAACUGCACACGUGGAACCGGUGCGUCGUAAGUUCUUCAUGCGCCGAGUGUUGUAGUAGUACUGUUAACAGUUGCAUCGGGUGUCUUUGUCAUGCAAAAGAUGUUGCCACAAGACAGCCAGUAGAUUUGGGAUUUUGGUUUCUGUUUGGAUAACAGAUUUGAGGGGCAGUAGGGGACGGUGUCGUGCUCUCGCAUAGCUACCAGAUGUUUCUCAGUAGCGGGGGGAACCAGCAGUACCGGCCUGUGCACAUCGUCUAUGGCCUGAAUGCCGACGAGCCGCUGCAGAACGCGGAUGAGUUUUCCAAGUGGUUUAUCCUGUGUCAAAACGUCCCCACCCCAGAGUUGUCAUGCAGAAUUGCAAUCACAGGAAAAUUUGUAAUGCGCGUCCCCAUGAGAGUCAUUUCCAAUCGUGUUAUGCAAUUUGUGACGCUGUAAACAGGAAAGCAGGAUCGCUUCGUGAUGCGGCGGUCCUUGCUAACCCGAAGUACAGAACAGAGGAAUACUUGUCAUGCGUGACUCCCAAAACUUCUGGAUCUGUGUUGCAGAAUUCCCAUCUCUGUGGUGGGGACGUUUUUACACAGAAUAUGGUUCCCCUGGAAAACGAACGCGAUUCCGAACUUUUACUUCUAUCAAAUGUAAAAAUGUCUGGGUCUGGAAGAUUGCAACUUGUGAUGCUGCAUUUGGAUGCCUAAAAAAUUUGUCUUGCAUGCGCAGCAAACGGAUUCUAAUUUUUGCUACGCGGAGAGGGCAUCUGUCAUGCGGAAUAGGCAUCAAGAAUCCCUCAAAAAACCUGUGAUGCUAGGGCAUGCAUCACAGACAUCUUGGCUCAUGCAAACCGUGCAUGACAAGUCUCAGCAUCUUCCAGACCCAGACAUUUUUACGAUCCAUAACUUCGAUAGCGACCCAGUUUCUGUUGGCGCGAACCCGAACCCCAACGUGGCGCAAACGAGGUCCGUCACGAACGUGCGCGCCGUGAGCCACGUGCUGCGAGUCGGGGAGCGGCUGAAGCAAACGGCCUGCGCAGACCGGCCGAUCUGCAAAAAGCGGCACGUGUCCGGGAAGCUGUUUGUGCCGGAAGCGAUGUCGUGCGGGAUCCGGAACAUGUUCAAGGUCAACUCGACCGCGCGGGACGAUUUGGCCCUACCCAGGUUGGUCGGGGUGAACAACACCCCGGUGGCGACUCCGGGACCGCUGGGGGUAUCACAUGCAAAAAUGUCUGGGUCCUCUGGAAGAUUGCGAGAUUUGUCAUGCUAGUCUCGCAUGACUCUGCACUCUGUAUUGCGUGGCCACCAAGAGGUCGGUCCUCUUGCCUGUCAUGCAAAAGCGCAGUUUCUCAUGCGAAAUACGCAGCACAGAAACACAAAAAAACUUGUCAUGCUUGGCGGCGCAUGAUUACAGAGCACUUUAUUGUUCACGGACUUGCAUCACAAGUUUCCAGACCCAGACAUUUUUGCAGUUGAGAGGGGGCGCUGUAUUACAACGUACCGGACGCCGUUCUGUUCCCGCAACCGCCCUAUUAACUGCAAAUGUGUCUGGGUCGAGAAGGAUCCAACUUGUGAUGCUGUCUUUGGACGCUAAAAAAAUCUGUAUUGCAUAGCCAGCAGGAGGAGUCCCGUUUGUGCUACGUGGAGGGGGCAUUUCUCAUGCGGGAUAAGCAUCAGGAGGCCCUGUAAAAAUCUGUGAUGCUAGGUCAUGCAUUACAGGCGUCAUUGGUCUUCAUGCAGAAUAUGCAUGACAAACCUGGCAAUCUUCCAGACCCAGACAUAUUUGCAUUUCAUACGCCCGCAAUCUUCAACUACAGCGACCCGGCCGUUGUGCAGCACCCGUUCUUCCCCGCGCCUAACACAUUACCCUAUGCAUUGCAAAUGUGUCUGGGUCUGGAAGGAUGCAACUUGUAAUGCUAAUUCCGGACUGUGAAAAGAUCUGUGUUGCAUGAUUAUCAUAUACAAGUUGUCCACUUGUUUUGAUCAAUGUGAGAGGAAGUUUCUCAUGCAGGGUAGGCAUGAGAAAGGUCUCGCCGAAUCGGUCAUGCUAUGUCCUGCAUGCAAGCCCUCAUGGGUCAUGGAAAAUCUGCAUCACAAGUCUUGCAAUCUUCCAGACCCAGACAUAUUUGCAUUUGAUAUACCCUCCGGGGAACCGAUUUCCCUCACUAAACCCGCUUUCGUCGCGGAGGCGCACUACCGCGCGCAAGACUUUUCGUGGUCGGAGCACGCGCGGCGCGCCAGUUUACUCACGGAGGAAAUUGCGUUGCGGGAGCGGGAAGCGCAGCAAGAUGCGAACUUGGCGGAGGUGGACUGGGUGGAGCUCUCCGACAGCCGACACCCCGGGGAAACGAAUUUUAGCCGAAAGAUUUUUACCUUCAACGAGACGUAUUGGCGGAAUAUCGACUUUAAACUGUACGCAACCACGGUGUUUGCGCCGGUGCUUUCCGGGGACGGGGCGGGGGUGUCGUUCAAGGAGAUGGAUAGUCUUUACCACGCGGUCCAGGACAUUUUGGACGAGGAAAACCAACACGCACCCGCGGAACUAGGGAAAGCCGUGCAAAUCGGCGACUACGGGUACUACGUACUCAACCUGGAACUCCGCAACACGCUGUUCGGCGGCCUGCUGUUGAUGAUCCCGUUGUGCUUCGGCUUGCUCGUGCUCGCCAGCGGGAAUGUGAUCGUGUCCGUGCUCGCCAUUUACAACGUUUCCUUCCUAACCAUGCAGGUGAUGGGCUACUUCAAGCUCUUAGGCUGGGAGUUGGGCUUGCUAGAAUCCCUCGCGGGAAUCAUCGUGAUCGGACUGGCCAUGGACUACACCCUGCAUUUCUGCCACGUCUUUGUGGAGGCUGGGAAGAUAAAGAAAGAACAAGUCGUAUCCUGAGCAAAAACGUCCCCACCCGCUAGUCAAGAUGGGAAAUCUGCUAGACAAAUCGACAAGCUUUCGCUGUGGCGCAUGACAAGUUUCCUCUCUUAGUGUAAUCCUGUUUAGCUAGUUCAGCAGCAUCACAGAUCUAGCGAUGCGUGCUGCUUGGAGCAUCACAAAUUACGAAACGCGACGAGACAUCGCUUCUAUCGGGGCUCAGCAUGAGAAACAUUUGCAGCAUGCAGAUUUGCAUGACAGCUAUGGGGUGGCGAGGUUUUUACAUAGGAUAAGGCGCAUUGUAUUCCGCCUCAACGCCGGCGUCAAACUUGGUCGAGGACCCCGAUACGACCGACACGUUUGAGAAGCCCCGACGGGAGCAGCGCGUAGAGCACGCUUUCUUGUUUAUGGGUCCGACCAUCUUUGCCGGUUUUGUCACCUCGGCCUCUGCCGGCCUGUUUCUGAUGAUCUUUAGCAUCACCCCCUUUUUCAAGCAGAUGGGCAUCGCCAUUUUCUUGACCAUUUUGUAUUAAAAUGAAGAAUCUCGAUCUCCCCAUAUCAAAAUGGAGAUCUGUGAUGCGGGAUUUGUGUACAGAAAUCGGCUACUUUGUCUUGCACUAGAGGACUGCAGGCAGGUGCGCAGCCUGAGGAGGGGCGUUUUGGUGUAGGUGCCUAGCAAGGCAGCCGGAACCUCUGUAGGCGAUUGCAAAUUUCUCGCACAAGAACGCGGCAGAGUCUGUGGACUUGCCUCCGUGCAAUACAGAAACGAUUAGUGGUUACAAAUCAGCAUCACAGCUAUCCCUUUUUGGUAUGGGGAGGGGGGCUCAUUUUUCCUCACAAUAUUUUGACUUCGGUUUACAUGUCGCUGUGCUACCUGCCCUAUCAAAUGUAAAAAUGUCUGGGUCUGGAAGAUUCUGACACUUGUCAUGCACGUUGUAGCCAUGAUGUCUGUGAUGCAUCCCCUAGCAAUAAAGAUUUUUUGAGGGCUUCUUGAUGCGUAUUCAGCAUGGCAAAUGCCUUCUCAGCGUAGCAAAGACUGCCUUUCUUUUGGUACUCAUGCAAUACAGAUUUUUUUAGAAUCCAAAAGCAGCAUGACAAGUUGGAUUCUUUCAGACCCAGACAUUUUUACAUUUGAUAUGCCCUGUCUGCUUUUGCUCUUCGGUCCAGAGCGACGCUUCGGGGAUUUCAGCUACAUGGGGGAGAUUGUGGCAGAACGGGUCAGCGGCCGAGUUUCCACCGUGAGUACGGGUAAUGGUACCACUCCUGGAGGUGGUGGUCGUGCACCAGCAGCAGCAGAGGGUGCGUCGCCAGAGGAUGCGCAGCCGGAUGACGCGCAGCCAGCCGGGUAGUAGAAGGGGGAGGAAAAUGCGUGUUUCUGGUGAUGGAGGAAAGAAAUAAAAGAGAAAUUUACUAUUCGCGUUUUUUGUUUCGUACCCUGCGCGCUGUGCUAAGGAAAAGGAAGUAGAGAAGAACUGCGCGACCUCGUCGUGCUGACCGCCGCCGGCUUUUGGAUCUAGUCUUAGUUGUCGGCACGGGGUCGGUAGUACGCCAAGGGGUAUUACCGAAAAAGUCCUGAUUUAAUUGUACCGACGGUUAUUUUAUUCGAUGAGUGUGAUGUGGAUCAUCAUCAUCAUCAUCAUCAGUACAACAAAAAAACCUGUAGCGCGUGUUGUUUAUGCAUGGUACAAGAUUGCGUUUUUCUUCUUGCACAAAAACGAGAAGAUGGAUGGUCUAAAUUGCUUUGAAGAAAAGCAAUCUUCUUCUAUCACUACAGAGGUACGUAGUGGAAGUACUAGACUAGAGUUGCUAGUGGAAUACUGCAAUGUACAGGUAGUAGAAGUUGUACUCGAAAAAUCGGUUGCACGACGGCAUCAUUUGCAAUUUCUUCCUGCGCGUGCAGGGGCGCACCGUAACAAUCACACUCACUUCCAUCGGUCC